UUUAAUGUUAAAAAAGUAAAUUUGCAAAGAAGCAUGGACGUCAUUUAAUUUUCUUUAAAAAUCUUCAAAAUAGAUCGAUAUUAAAUACUAUGUGUUGAUUGUAUAUAUAAAAGGUGGCUGUUGUCGUAAUUCGUACUGGUCCUCUUUAUAAGUCUGCUGUAAAUUACAGCGCAACGUCUAUAUUGACGGAUAAAAUAGAAAAAUAUCGGCAUAGAAAAUUUCAUCAAAUUGAAAGUUUCUUGAAAAUUGGAUGUACUAGAAUGAAAUUAAAAUGAAGUGUCAUUACGAAAUAUUGAACAUAGUUAAAGAAGCCAGCGCAUCGGAGAUAAAAAAAGCCUAUCGCCGCCUGGCUCUGCAGUGGCAUCCAGAUAAAAAUUUAGAAAAUUUACAAGAAGCAAAAGAACAAUUUCAGUUGGUACAAAACGCAUACGAAGUCCUCUCCGAUCCUCAGGAACGAGCUUGGUAUGACAACCAUAGGGAACAAUUGUUACGUGGGGCAGGCAGUUCAUACAAUGAUGACUCUUUGGAUGUAUAUCCUUACUUCAGUCCUUCCUGCUACAAAGGCUUUGGAGAUGACCCUCAAGGAUUUUAUGGAGUAUAUGCUGAAGUUUUCUCCAAAUUAACAACAGAAGAAAUUGACUUCCUUGAUGACCCCGAGGAUGUAAUAAAAAUACCCAAGUUUGGUAAUUCAAUGACAGAAUAUGAACAAGUACAUGAGUUUUAUUCUUUUUGGACAGCAUUCUCAACAAAUAAAAGUUACGUAUGGUUAGACCAAUAUGAAAUAAAACAGGGUGACAAUCGUAGGGUCAUAAAGUUAAUGGAAAAGGAAAACAAUAAAAUUCGACAAAAGGCUCGUAGAGAACGCAAUGAGGAGAUCAGGAGACUUGCCUGCUUUGUCCGUAGGAAGGAUAAGAGAGUUAUUGAACAUACCAAAUUGUUACAAGAGAAGGCUGAAGAAAAUAAAAGAAAGGCUGAACAAAUGAGAAGGGAAAGAAUAAUUCAAAGACAAAAGGAAAUUGAGGAAGCCAAGAAAAAGGAAGGGGAAUCUUCAUUUUUACAAAGUGAUGAGUAUCAGAAAAAGCUUAGUGAAAUUGAAUCUCUAUUGGCUGAAGAGUUUGGAUUGUCGUCAGAUGACACAAUCAGUGAGGGUGGAAUGGAAAGCAGCAAUGAAGAAAGCUCUAAAACUGAAGAAGUAAGUGCAGUAAAAUCUACACAAGCUGCAUCCAAUAAUAUAUUUAAGGUUAGUGAAGCUUCAAAGGCAACAGCAAAAUCACCAACAAAAUCAAAAUCUUCAAUGAAAAAUCUUUACUGCUCAGCUUGUAACAAAUUAUUUAAGAAUGUAAAAUCAUUCGAAAACCAUGAAAAUAGCAAGAAACAUAAAGAAAAUGUUGCUAAAAUGACACUUGAUGAUGACAUAGGGAUAUCAGAUGUUGAUGAUGAAGAAAACGAGGAUGUAGAACAGACUCCAGCUACUCAAGAGGGGCCAAGGGAGCCAGUUAAAAUAAACGGACUAACUGAAGAUGAAAAGGAACCACUCGGUAAUUCCACUUCAGAUAUUGAAGAUAAUGAUAUUAGGGAGACUUUAAGUGAUGACUCUGGUAAAGUUAAGCCUCUUCCCAAAUGUUUAAAAAAGAAAAAAAACAAAAAGAAGUCUUUCAAUCCUAUGCCAGAAAGCGAGGGCAAUGACAGUCAUGAUGAAAUGAGUUUUAAUGAAAUUGAAGGCCCAUCACGCUGUAGGAAAGCAAAGAAGUUCAAUAUGCUCAAGAGCCAAAUUCAAGCUAAAAAAGAAGCUAAUCUUAAGAAGGGAAAUCAGUCACAGACAUCUACUGAGAAUCUCUAUGAGGUUUCCAGCACAACACCUACAGAUGAUGCUUUAGGUGAAUCUGCACUGCCCAGAGAUAAGCCAGCUUUACCUAAGACACAGAGGACGGUGAAAACGAAAAAACCUAUUGAUAGGAAACCGGCGCGUAUGAAAGCCAGCGAAACCGAAGAUUCCAGUACAACACGUUUAAGUUGUGUAGUUUGUGAUUCCGAUUUUCCAUCAAAAAAUAAAUUGUUCGAGCAUUUGAAAAUUACAGGCCACUCUGUGCCUCUACCCCAUACUAGCUUCACACAAUCUAAGAAAGGCAAGAGAGCUAAUAGAUAAACAUCCAAUAACUUAGAUAGGAUUAAAGUGUUUAAUUUGCUGCUGAGAAUCAAUAUGAUUUUCAAAAAAUCUAUUAUUGUAAAAUGACUCAACCUAUUUAUUGAAACUAUGAUGAAUAUCAUUAAAAUUAUGUUUAAA